GGGGUGGGGGGAGCGCACAGAUGGGGAGACAGAGAGGAAAAGGGCUGGGAGCCUGGCGCUGGGAUCGGAAUUCUCCCGGGACCGUGGCAAACAGAGACCGCUAGAGGGCGGGCGCGGAGGAGAGAUGAGGCAACGCGGGGCGGGCGGGGACACUCGAGGCCGCUUCCCGCCCCCGCGCUUGUGGUUUUCAAUCCGGUCCGAUGUUUUUGUAUAUCAGGGGCGCAGCCGCCCGGUCUGGUCUCGGUGUGGUGUUGUCAGAGCUCGGUGACCAUGUCUGGGAGAGGCAAGGGCGGCAAAGGCUUAGGCAAGGGCGGCGCUAAGCGCCACCGUAAAGUGCUGAGGGACAACAUCCAGGGGAUCACCAAGCCCGCGAUCCGGCGCCUCGCUCGGCGUGGAGGAGUCAAGCGCAUCUCGGGCCUCAUUUACGAGGAGACCCGCGGUGUGUUGAAGGUGUUCCUGGAGAACGUGAUCCGGGACGCCGUCACCUACACGGAGCACGCCAAGCGCAAGACGGUCACCGCCAUGGACGUGGUGUACGCCCUCAAGCGACAGGGCCGCACCCUGUACGGCUUCGGAGGCUAGGCUGCCGGUGCAGGCCUGACGCUUGGCAAUCCCAAAGGCCCUUUUUAGGGCCAACCACAUGGUCCUCAGAGGAGCUGGACACUUGGUGUAAUUUACACCUGGGGUAAUUUUGUGUGGGGGAUUUUCGUUUUGUAGUUAGUUCACCAGUAUGGGCGGGGAAAGGCGGCCCACAGCCGCCAGGGCGGGCGAAGGAGCUGCUGUUGUGUCUUGACCCGAGGGAUCGUGAAUUGCCCGGUGCAAUCCGAGCUGUGCAGUUGUUGGUUCCACGUAACGGCGUACCUGCCGACUGAUCAGUGCCUCCAGAAGUCAGGACGCGCGGAGCCAGCCAAUCGGGACAGUGCCACGCGGACCAAUCAAACUUGGCGUCUUUGGAGUCUUCGUUUGCUUGGAAAGGGUUCAGUCGGGGACGCGAUGGGGGUGGGGGGUGGGAGGCCCGUCAAGUCUCUACGUAAGCCAGCCUCCCCUCCGUCUCCACGGAACGCGCUUUCCUUGUGUUCUCCCCUUUCUCGGGUGGUUCCGACAGUCGAGGCUAGGGUUUUCCCUUUUAAGGUAUCCCAGCUGGGCGACUCCUGUUGACGUUAGGGUGGUGGCGGGGAACUUUUCGCCCUUCGCAGUCUGAGGAUGGCGUCCGGUCUUAAAACAGCGUUUCGGUUUGCUCUAGGGGCGUGCCAUCCAUUCCUAUCUGGUGUACUGGGCUGUGGGAAGUGCAGUUCAAACCGGCAAAACGCUGUGAGUUCAGGUCACCCUGACUCUUGGUGUCACUACAUUUGCUUGGUCAAAGUGGGAAGUAAACCCCAGACUUGCAGUCCCGAGGUGUCACUUCUGCCACUUAAUCGUCUUGAGCUUUUCCAGUUACUCUGGGCUUUACUUCCCACCUGUGCGAGGAGGGAAUGCGCGGAUGGUUUAGGGGCCCUGUUCACGUCGGAUGGUGUCUCGUGACGCUACACUGCUCACUGGGAAAGGUGCGAGAGCACUUGCAAAAGGAAGUGGGAAAGGAACAGAGGUUAUUCUAUCGGAGUUGCACUCGUCAGUGCGUUUUAAAAACAAAUCUGGCAAGUCACCGCGCCAGUGAGUGAAAAGUAUCCUUGGUUUUCCUGCGUUUGCAGUCGCCCGUGGUGACUCACGAGCAGGUGGCAAAGUCAGUUUGAAAAUGGGAGCCAGUAUCUUUAAUUAAUGAGACGGACCGGGAUUGCAAAUACCCUAAGUGGAGGGGGAAAAAAAAAAGAGUCCUUUUGUGAAACUUGUUUUAAUUUAGAGAUGAAUAUGAAUGUCCAGUAGGUAGUGAUCUAAAAUUCUGUCUUACUGUAGUUUGAAGUCGGCAGAAAUCAGAUCAGAGCUAGGGGUUCGUGUAUAGCGAUACCGUAUCUAUGUGUAACUCUUGUAUCCUUUUCUCCUGAAAUAAUGAAUCUAAUGCAAAAAGAAGAGCAAAACACAAGACCCAGGCUCAGGUUCCACCUGUGUCAUCUUCUGGCUGUGUGACCCACAUUCCCAGGUGCCUCGGCCUCGCCAGGUUUAAGUCUCUUCAACUAUUCAACAGGAAUUAAAAAAAAAAAAAAAAAAAAAAAAAAAAGCCCUCCCUCUCUGCCUCCCAGGGUUGUUGUGAAAUUAGAGUAAGAGGAGGUGAAGGAAAGAUGAACCGUAAGCCAUCUAGGAGCCUGGCUGGGUAUUCUUACUGCCCAGGCCACACAGUCUACAAGCUGGUGGUGAGUUUAAAAUCAUUCACUGAUUUUUGUGUGUUCCUUUUCUUCCGCGACAUGAUUGUAGUUGGUAGUUCACAUUGAUAUUAAUGUCACCAAAAUUUACAUCAUCUGUGUUGUCGAUGCUAUUAACACGUUUAUGACCAUUUGGAAGACCCAGCUCUAAACCCUUUGGGUGGACGGUAUUUACCUCCUUUCAACCUCACUGCGAUCCUGAAGUGAAUACAAUUAUGAUCCUG